UUUUCCUUCACUUCCUCUCGUUGCCGAAGAAUCUGAUCUCUUCUCUGUUCUUCUUCUCCUAUUUCUCGGCGGAGGAUGAUGGCGACCGGGAAGGGCGAUGGUGGAUCUCUCGAGGACAUCAGAAACGAGACUGUUGAUCUGGAGAAAAUUCCGGUCGAGGAAGUUUUCCAGCAGUUGAAAUGUACCAAAGAAGGUUUAACGACAGCAGAAGGGGAGAACAGGCUCCAGAUAUUUGGACCCAACAAAUUGGAGGAGAAGAAGGAGAGUAAGUUCUUGAAGUUUCUAGGGUUCAUGUGGAAUCCACUCUCGUGGGUAAUGGAGGCAGCUGCCAUCAUGGCCAUUGCGCUGGCCAACGGUGGCGGGAGGCCUCCAGAUUGGCAGGAUUUCGUCGGUAUUGUCUGCCUUUUGGUUAUCAACUCCACUAUCAGUUUCAUUGAAGAAAACAAUGCCGGCAAUGCCGCUGCUGCUCUCAUGGCUGGUCUUGCUCCUAAAACUAAGGUUCUAAGGGAUGGCAAAUGGAGUGAGCAGGAGGCUGCUAUCCUUGUUCCUGGAGACAUUGUUAGCAUAAAGCUUGGUGAUAUCAUUCCUGCAGAUGCCCGUCUUCUCGAAGGUGAUCCUUUAAAGGUGGAUCAGUCUGCCUUGACUGGAGAGUCUCUUCCUGUAACAAAAGGUCCAGGGGAUGAAGUCUUCUCUGGUUCAACCUGUAAGCAAGGUGAAAUCGAGGCAGUUGUUAUUGCAACUGGUGUCCACACUUUCUUUGGAAAGGCUGCUCACCUUGUUGAUAGCACCAACCAAGUUGGUCACUUCCAGAAGGUUCUUACAGCCAUCGGGAACUUCUGUAUAUGUUCCAUCGCUGUUGGUAUGGUGAUUGAGAUCAUUGUCAUGUACCCGAUACAACACCGCAAGUACAGGGAUGGAAUCGACAAUCUUCUGGUGCUAUUGAUUGGUGGUAUUCCCAUUGCAAUGCCUACAGUUUUGUCUGUGACAAUGGCUAUUGGGUCUCAUAGGCUGUCCCAGCAGGGUGCUAUCACCAAGCGUAUGACUGCCAUCGAAGAGAUGGCUGGUAUGGAUGUUCUCUGCAGUGACAAAACCGGAACACUAACUCUCAACAAGCUUAGCGUUGACAAGAAUCUGGUUGAGGUUUUCGCAAAGGGUGUGGAGAAAGAUGAAGUGAUAUUGUUAGCUGCAAGGGCUUCCAGAACCGAAAACCAGGAUGCAAUUGAUGCUGCCAUGGUUGGAAUGCUUGCUGAUCCAAAGGAGGCAAGAGCUGGUAUUAGAGAGGUUCACUUCUUUCCAUUCAAUCCAGUCGACAAAAGAACCGCUUUAACUUAUAUCGAUGCUGAUGUCAACUGGCACCGAGUGAGCAAAGGAGCUCCUGAGCAGAUCCUUGACCUCUGCAAUGCUAGGCAAGAUAUCAGGAAUAGAGUCCACUCUGUUAUCGACAAAUUUGCAGAACGUGGCCUGAGGUCUCUGGCAGUUGCGAGACAGGUUGUACCUGAGAAAACAAAAGAGAGCAGUGGUGGUCCAUGGGAAUUUGUCGGAUUGUUGCCUCUUUUUGAUCCCCCGAGGCAUGACAGUGCAGAUACCAUCAAACGAGCUCUAGAACUUGGCGUCAAUGUCAAGAUGAUUACUGGUGAUCAACUUGCUAUAGCCAAAGAGACUGGUCGUAGACUCGGAAUGGGAUCAAACAUGUACCCAUCUGCUUCUUUGCUUGGCCAAGAUAAAGACGCAAGUGUCGCUUCCCUUCCAGUAGAAGAGUUAAUCGAGAAGGCAGAUGGGUUUGCCGGUGUCUUCCCAGAGCACAAAUAUGAAAUUGUGAGGAAGUUGCAAGAGAGGAAGCAUAUAUGUGGUAUGACUGGAGAUGGUGUGAAUGAUGCUCCUGCACUGAAGAAGGCUGACAUUGGUAUCGCUGUGGCCGAUGCGACAGAUGCCGCGAGGAGUGCCUCUGACAUUGUUCUGACCGAGCCUGGACUCAGUGUUAUUAUCAGUGCUGUUCUGACCAGCCGAGCGAUUUUCCAGAGGAUGAAGAACUACACAAUAUAUGCAGUUUCAAUCACCAUCCGUAUCGUGUUCGGCUUCAUGUUCAUUGCUCUUAUAUGGGAGUUCGACUUUGCACCGUUUAUGGUUUUGAUCAUCGCUAUUCUAAAUGACGGUACCAUCAUGACAAUAUCGAAGGACAGGGUCAAGCCUUCCCCCACACCGGAUAGCUGGAAACUGAGAGAGAUCUUUGCCACCGGAAUUGUUCUUGGUGGCUAUCUGGCAUUGAUGACAGUCAUAUUCUUCUGGGCUGCUUAUGAGACCGAUUUCUUUCCGAAAACGUUCAGCGUCAGGGACUUGAGAGGCAGAGAACACGAGAUGAUGGCUGCACUCUACCUACAAGUCAGUAUAGUGAGCCAGGCUCUUAUUUUCGUCACAAGGUCCCGAAGCUGGUCUUACGUCGAACGCCCUGGAACGCUCUUGGUCAUCGCCUUCAUUCUUGCACAACUGGUUGCAACGUUGAUUGCUGUAUAUGCGAACUGGAGUUUUGCAAGAAUAAAGGGCAUAGGGUGGGGAUGGGCAGGAGUGAUCUGGCUGUACAGUAUAGUCUUCUACGUGCCGUUGGACCUGAUGAAGUUUGCCAUCCGUUACAUACUGAGCGGAAAGGCUUGGCUCAGCCUUCUCGAUAACAAGACGGCAUUCACGACUAAGAAGGAUUACGGGAGGGAAGAGAGGGAGGCGCAAUGGGCAUUGGCUCAGAGGACAUUGCAUGGUCUUCAGUCCAAAGAAGCUGUCGGCAUCUUACCUGAGAAAGGGAGCUACAGAGAGCUGUCUGAGAUUGCAGAGCAGGCCAAGAGACGAGCUGAGAUCGCCAGGUUGAGGGAGCUUCACACGCUGAAAGGGCACGUGGAGUCUGUGGUGAAGCUGAAGGGUUUGGACAUUGAUACACCGUCUGGUCACUACACCGUCUAAGAACACACAGACUUUUAAGAUUUGGAAGAUCGAUCUCUCAUGGAAAAAAGAUCAGAUGAUGAUGAAGAGGGCAUCUUUUUUUUUUUUUAAUUUCAUUUAUUAGUCUUGAAUUCCUAUUUUUCAUUACCGCGAUUUCUAACAUUGUGUUUUGCAAAAUUUCGACGUACCUCACCUCCUCAAUUUGCAUUUGUGGAGGAAACCGAAAAAGUUUACGACAUUUUUUUGACACAUGAAGAUCGAACAGAAAUGUCAACUUUGGUA